AUGGCGCCUAAGAAGCAGACGGAUGUGUCUGGUGGCGUGGGAGCAGGGGAUGUUCGAUUGAGGGUUGCUAUAGUGAGUGGGGAUCGUUGUAAGCCUAAGAAGUGUCGUCAAGAGUGUAAGAAGUUUUGUCCGGUUGUUCGUACGGGUAAGCAAUGUGUAGUGGUGGAGCCUACGUCUAAGAUUGCUUUUAUAUCGGAGCCUUUAUGUAUUGGAUGUGGGAUAUGUGUGAAGAAGUGUCCGUUUGAUGCGAUUCAGAUUAUCAAUUUACCUAAGGAUUUAGGUCGUGAUAUAUCUCAUCGAUUUGGUGUUAAUUCAUUCAAAUUACAUCGAUUACCAACACCACGAUUAGGUCAGGUUUUGGGACUGAUUGGAACGAAUGGUAUUGGGAAGAGCACAGCGUUAGCAAUUCUUAGUGGUCGUGUUAAGCCUAAUCUGGGUAAUUUCUCAGAUCCACCUGAUUGGAAGACAAUAUUAAAGUUCUAUCGUGGUUCUGAAUUGCAGAAUUACUUUACAAAGGUACUAGAAGGAGAUUUACGACCUGCGGUUAAACCACAAUAUGUAGAUGCCCUUGCCCGGAAGUCAAAGAAAACAGUUCAACAGAUUGUGGACCCUACAGGAAAUGGUAUACAUGGACUGGCAGAGAAGCUAGCUGAACGACUUCAAUUAAGUCAUUUAAUGGAACGGAAUGUCAGUGAUUUAAGUGGUGGUGAAUUACAACGUUUUGCUUUAUUAGUAGCCAGUAUUCAAGAUGCAAAUGUGAUAAUGUUCGAUGAACCAAGUUCAUAUCUUGAUAUUAAACAACGUAUUAUUGCGGCACAAGUAAUUCGUAGUUUACUUAAAGAUGAUAAUUAUGUAAUUGUGGUAGAACAUGAUUUAGCUGUUAGUGAUUACUUAUCAGAUACUGUAUGCUGUCUAUGGGGAUGUCCAUCAGCAUAUGGUGUAGUUACAACACCAUUUAGUGUUAAGGAAGGCAUCAAUAUUUAUUUAGAAGGUUUUAUACCAACUGAAAAUUUACGUUUUCGUGAUGAAUCAAUUAGCUUCCGUAUCACUCAAGAUCUUGAAGAUGAAACAAAACGUGAAGCAUGGCAUGAAUAUCCACGAUUAAGUAAACAAUUAGGCAGCUUUAAACUCACCAUAGAACCUGGUGCGUUUGCUGACUCAGAAAUCACCGUUCUACUUGGUCAAAAUGGUACAGGUAAAACUACUUUCAUUCGUAUCCUUGCUGGCUUAUUAGCAGCUGAUGGUGCUGAAAAAUUACCCAAAUUAAUUGUAUCAUAUAAACCACAAACUAUCUCAGCUAAGUUCGAUGGUACUGUAGAACAAUUACUCAACUCUAAAAUUCGUGAUGCUUAUCAUCAUCCACAAUUCAUUACUGAUGUUAUUAAGCCUAUGCAAAUCGAGAAACUAAAAAACCUUCAAGUACUAACUCUUUCUGGUGGAGAAUUACAACGAGUAGCUCUAGUUCUAGCUCUUGGUAAACCAGCUGAUGUAUAUCUACUUGAUGAACCCUCCGCAUAUCUAGAUUGUGAACAACGUAUCGAAGCAGCACGUGUCAUCAAACGCUUCAUACUACACGCUAAGAAAAGCGCCUUCAUUGUCGAACACGAUUUCAUCAUGGCAACAUACCUCGCCGAUAAAGUUAUCGUAUACGAAGGAGCACCCGGAGUAGACUGCACCGCUAGAUCUCCCCAAUCUCUCAUCUCCGGCAUGAACAUCUUCCUUGCCAUGCUAGAAACCACCUUCCGAAGAGACCCCAUCAACUAUCGACCACGCAUCAAUAAACUUGACAGCGUCAAAGAUCGAGAACAAAAACUCGCCGGGAACUACUUCGUCGUAGACGACAGCUAG